AAGCGAUUUAAUCGUGAAAAACAGUAGAAUUUCUCGUAGAAUAUAUCACAAUAUCAUUCAGGCAAUUCCAGGCUAUUCCUGACGCUUCGUGAAUGGUCCUCGGCGCCUGCGUGCGGCUUCGGCAAGGUUCUGCCGGGCGACAGAAGGUUCCAGCAUCUUCGCUUCUUUUUUAUUCCAGCUCGUUCCACACAUUUCCACUGCACCACACCCGCAGCUAUUAAAAUCUUCAGCCUGCGUUCCUCUUCUUCCACUUUCAAGACAAAACACAAACACAAACCACCACACUUCUCCAUCGAUAACUCGCAAGAGACUCUAUUCAAUCCAUUCAAGAAGUUCGACGCAUACACCCAAUACUAUCAUCAACACCCUCAACACACAUCCACAUCGCCCAUCAUGGCCCCAGCCAUUGGUGAGUUCUCCCCGCCUCAUCCCCCCACCACCACCACCUUCACCAACGAUACUAAUACAUCCGCCAUAGGUAUCGAUCUCGGAACCACCUACUCCUGUGUGGGUAUCUACCGUGAUGAUCGAAUUGAGAUUAUUGCCAACGACCAGGGAAACCGAACCACCCCUUCCUUCGUCGCCUUCACAGAUACGGAACGUCUGAUCGGAGAUGCCGCAAAGAACCAAGUCGCCAUGAACCCAGCCAACACAGUCUUCGACGCAAAGCGUUUGAUCGGACGAAAGUUUGCAGACCAGGAAGUCCAGGCUGAUAUGAAGCACUUUCCUUUCACCGUCCUCGAUCGAGGUGGAAAGCCAGUCGUCGAGAUUGAGUUCAAGGGCGAGAAGAAGCAAUUCACACCAGAGGAAAUCUCUUCCAUGAUCUUGGUCAAGAUGAGAGAGACUGCUGAGGCUUACCUUGGUGGAACCGUCAACAACGCCGUCGUCACAGUCCCAGCCUACUUUACCGAUUCACAACGUCAAGCUACCAAGGAUGCUGGUUUAAUCGCUGGUCUCAACGUUCUUCGUAUCAUCAACGAGCCUACCGCUGCUGCCAUUGCUUAUGGUCUCGACAAGAAGGUUGAGGGUGAGCGAAAUGUUCUCAUCUUUGAUCUUGGUGGAGGAACUUUCGAUGUUUCACUCUUGACCAUUGAGGAGGGUAUCUUUGAAGUCAAGUCGACCGCUGGUGACACUCACUUGGGUGGUGAGGACUUUGACAACAGACUCGUUAACCACUUUGUUUCUGAAUUCAAACGAAAGCAUAAAAAGAAAGUUUAAAACGCCCCUUUUGUUCCAUGACUAUUACUAACUGUUAAAUAGGGAUCUUUCCUCCAACGCUCGUGCUCUUCGUCGUCUCCGCACCGCAUGCGAGCGAGCUAAGCGAACUCUCUCCUCUUCCGCACAAACCUCCAUUGAAAUCGACUCUCUCUUCGAGGGUAUUGACUUCUACACCUCCAUCACUCGUGCUAGAUUCGAGGAGCUCUGCCAGGACCUCUUCCGAUCUACCACUACCCCAGUCGACCGUGUCCUCGCAGAUGCCAAGAUUGACAAAUCCAAGGUUCACGAAAUCGUCCUUGUCGGAGGUUCUACCCGUAUCCCAAGAAUCCAAAAGCUCAUCACCGAUUACUUCAACGGAAAGGAGCCAAACAAGUCCAUCAACCCUGAUGAGGCUGUUGCGUACGGUGCUGCUGUCCAGGCUGCCAUUCUCUCUGGUGACACUUCUUCCAAGUCCACCAACGAGAUUCUCCUCCUCGAUGUCGCGCCAUUGUCCCUUGGUAUUGAGACUGCCGGUGGUCAAAUGACCAAGCUCAUCCCAAGAAACACCACCAUUCCAACCAAGAAGUCCGAGGUCUUUUCUACCUUCUCCGACAACCAACCUGGUGUGCUUAUCCAAGUUUUCGAGGGUGAGCGUCAACGCACCAAGGACAACAACCUUUUGGGUAAAUUCGAGCUCACUGGUAUCCCACCUGCACCACGUGGUGUCCCACAAAUCGAGGUCACCUUUGAUGUUGACGCCAACGGAAUCAUGAACGUCUCUGCUCUCGAGAAGGGAACCGGUAAAUCCAACAAGAUUGUCAUCACCAACGACAAGGGACGUUUGUCCAAGGAGGAUAUCGAGCGUAUGUUGGCUGAGGCCGAGAAGUACAAGGCUGAGGAUGAGGCCGAGGCUGCUCGUAUCAGCGCAAAGAACGGACUCGAGUCAUAUGCAUACUCCCUCAAGAACACUCUCUCCGACUCCAAGGUUGACGAGAAGCUUGAUGCUGCUGACAAGGAGAAGCUCAAGGCUGAGAUUGACAAGACUGUUGCCUGGUUGGAUGAGUCUCAACAAGGUACCAAGGAGGAGUACGAGGAGCACCAAAAGGAACUUGAGGCCGUUGCCAACCCAAUCAUGAUGAAGUUCUACGGUGCAGAAGGUGGAGCUCCAGGAGGUAUGCCAGGUGGAGCUGGUGGACCCGGUGGCUUCCCAGGUGCUGGAGGAGCUGGUGCCACUCACGAUGAUGGUCCAACUGUUGAGGAGGUCGACUAA